AUGAAGCUGAGGAAACAGGUGACAGUGUGUGGAGGGGCCAUAUUCUGUGUGGCUGUAUUCUCACUCUAUCUGAUGUUGGAUAGAGUCCAACAUGACCCGGCAAGGCGACAGAAUGGCGGGAACUUUCCACGGAGCCAAAUAUCAGUUCUGCAGAACCGGAUAGAGCAGCUGGAGCAGCUCCUGGAGGAAAACCACCAAAUAAUCAGCCACAUAAAGGACUCUGUGAUGGAGCUCACAGACACAGGAGCUGUGUCUCCUAGCGGCCACCUGCCAUUCAGAAGUGCCAAUGGUUCUUGGGUCCUACCAUUUGAUGGUCGCCCCACUUUCCUCGCUGUCAAACCCCAGGAUUGCCAGUUUGCUGUUGGCAGCAAUGGUCAAGCAGACGUUCAGAUGCUGGAUGUGUACUCCCUCCUGAAAUUUGACAACCCUGACGGUGGCGUAUGGAAACAGGGCUUUGACAUUACUUAUGACCCUGAGGAGUGGGACAAUGAACCGCUCCAAGUGUUUGUGGUCCCUCACUCCCACAAUGAUCCAGGUUGGAUCAAGACUUUUGACAAGUACUUCACAGACCAGACGCAGCACAUUUUAAACAACAUGGUGGUCAAGUUGGCUGAGGAUUCUCGCAGGAAGUUCAUCUGGUCUGAGAUUUCAUUUUUCUCCAAGUGGUGGGAGACUGCAGACAUACACAAGCAGGAGGCUGUGCGCAAACUGAUCCUUGGAGGGCAGCUAGAGAUUGUGACAGGAGGGUGGGUGAUGACGGAUGAAGCCAACGUUCACUACUUUGCCAUGAUAGACCAGCUCAUUGAAGGCCAUCAGUGGCUGGAGAGAAAUCUGGGUAUAACUCCCCGCAGUGGGUGGGCAGUAGACCCUUUUGGUCACAGUGCUACUAUGCCCUAUCUGCUAAGGAGGGCCAACCUGACCAGCAUGCUCAUACAGAGAGUCCACUACUCCAUCAAAAAACACUUUGCCUCCACCCGCAGCCUGGAGUUUAUGUGGAGGCAGGCCUGGGACACUGGAUCAGGCACAGACAUCUUUUGCCACAUGAUGCCGUUCUACAGCUACGACGUGCCUCACACCUGUGGGCCCGAUCCGAAAAUCUGCUGCCAGUUUGACUUCAAGAGGUUACCAGGUGGUCGGAUAAACUGUCCGUGGAAAGUGCCGCCGAAAGCUGUGGUGGAGGCCAACGUAGCAGAGAGGGCAAACCUGCUCCUGGAUCAGUAUCGUAAAAAGUCCAAACUCUACCGCAGCAAGGUGCUUCUCGUCCCUCUGGGAGAUGACUUCCGCUACGACAAGGCCCUGGAGUGGGAUCAGCAGUACAUCAAUUAUCAGAAGCUGUUUGACUACAUGAAUUCUCACCCAGAGAUGCAUGUACAGGCUCAGUUUGGGACUCUCUCAGACUACUUCAGUGCUGUAUACAAAGCAAAUGGAGUGGCCCAGGGAUCCAGACCUGCAGACUACCCAGUGCUAAGUGGAGACUUCUUUGCCUACGCAGACCGUGAAGAUCACUACUGGACUGGCUAUUUCACCUCUCGCCCCUUUUACAAGAGCCUGGACCGUGUGAUCGAGUCACACCUCAGGGGGGCAGAGAUCCUUUACAGCCUGGCAGUUGCGAAUGCUCGACAUGCGGGCAUGGAAGGCCGUUACCCGGUCUCAGAUUAUGCCCUGCUGGUCGACGCGAGGCGAUCUGUUGCCCUCUUCCAGCAUCAUGACGCCAUCACUGGCACUGCAAAGGAGAAUGUUGUCAUUGACUACGGCACCAAAUUACUGCGUUCACUCAUCGGUCUGAAGAGAGUAAUCAUCAAUGCUGCUCAUUUCCUGGUGAUGAAGAACAAAGAGUUUUAUCGCUUUUACCAGACGGAGCCUUUCCUGGAGACGGAUGAUAGGCGUGCUACUCAAGACUCUCUGCCUCAGCGCACUUUAAUAGAGCUGGACCCAGCAGGGCCGAGGUACCUGGUUCUGUUCAACCCCAUCGAGCAGGAGCGGCUGUGCGUCGUGACUGUGUUGGUCAACACGAUCAGGGUGCGAGUGCUUACUGAGGAUGGACAGACCCUCCCUGUGCAGCUGAGUGCUCAGUGGAGCUCUGCCAGUCAAAUGAGUGCAGAGGUGUUUGAGGCCACAUUCAUGGUUCGUCUGCCACCGCUGGGUCUGGCUGUUUUCCAUCUUUAUGACUCUCCGGACUCGCCCAUGACACUCCGCUCUGACACCCUGCUCAGGCUGUCUGGACGGGGCGCCACUGCCCGGGCUGGGGACCCCCUCCCUGUCCGCUCUCAGCAGUCCGACCCUCAGACCUUCUAUAUCAGCAGCCAGUCUCUCACACUUGGCUUCUCUGGAACAACCGGUCUCCUGGAGAGUAUCAAGCGCAAGGAUGAUCCUCAGGAAGUGAAGGUUCAGAUGCAGUUCAUGGUCUAUGGCACUCGCCCCUCUAAAGACAAAAGCGGGGCUUACCUCUUCCUACCUGAUGGAAAAGCAAAGCCCUACAACCAGAAAGAGCCACCUGUGGUGCGCGUUGUGGAGGGGCCUCUGUUCUCUGAGGUUGUGGCACACUACCAACAUUUUCAGCAGACCAUUCGGAUCCACAAUGUGCCAGGGGUGGAUGGGUUUUCUAUAGACAUCACCACCAUGGUGGACAUCAGAGAUCAGACCAAUAAGGAGCUGGCCAUGCGACUGGUCACUGACAUCCAGAGUGGAGAUGUCUUCUACACAGACCUCAAUGGCUUCCAGAUGCAGCCUCGACACCACUACCUGAAGCUUCCCUUGCAGGCCAACUUCUAUCCCAUGCCCAGCCAGGCAUACAUCCAGGACAGCAACCACCGCCUCACGCUGCACACAGCUCAGUCUCUGGGUGUCAGCAGCCUGGAGAGUGGCCAGCUUGAAGUGAUUAUGGACCGGCGGUUGAUGCAGGAUGAUAAUCGAGGACUGGGCCAGGGCCUGAAGGACAACAAGAAGACAGCCAACCGCUUCCGACUGCUGCUGGAGAGGAGAUCCACGGGCAACAAGAUGAUGGACAGUGCAACAACGAGCUUCCCGUCGAUACUCAGUCACAUAACCAACGCCAUCCUGAACCACGAGAUCUUGGCGCUGCCCGUCCUGCCCAAAAGACGUGGCAUCCCUCCUCUGCAAACCUUCGCCCCUCUCAAGUCCAUCCUUCCUUGCGACUUCCACCUGCUGAACCUGCGCAGCAUCCAGAGCCAGGACCCCCACUCUCCAUCUCCAUACACAGCCAUGAUUCUUCACCGUCUGGCGCUGGACUGUGGCCUUGAGGCUCAGAACCUGGGUUUCAACUGCACCACCACACAAGGACAGCUGAGUGUAUCAGGACUCUUCAAGAACCUGGACCUGCAGCUGCUGCAGCCCAUGUCCCUGACCCUGAUGCACGCCGGCACGCCUCUGGCCAACGACUCCACCAUCAGUCUUGAUCCCAUGGAGAUCUCUGCCUUCAAGCUCAAACUUCGCUAAGAGCCGUCCGAACCAAACGAGGCAAUAAAAACAGGCAGCAGACUCCUUGGACCAAGAACCAGGCCCACUCCGGGCCACAGACUGGCAACAGAGGGGUCUGGGUCUCUCUGUUUCGUCAAGCAGAACCACAAACACUAGAGCUCGGAGAGGAAUGGUCCACUGUAACAGGACAGACUGCACAGCAGGGGGCAGGCGAUAGCUGUUACUGUGGACGUCUCCGAGAGCAGUAAAACCCGGGUGAACUCGCAGCUGUUCCAAAACAACUGAGACUGCCAGAAUCGCUCGUCAGAUACGACCCAGUAUCUGUUUAUCUCUGUAAUCGAAAUGAAAUCUCAUUUAGUUCUGCUUUGUAAGAACUUGUGUCUUUUUUCUAUCUUCGCUCCAUCCUAGACUGAACUACUGAAUGUAAAUAUCCCAAAUGACGAGGGGGUUGGGACUUGUGCCACAUCAGAGUGCAAUUUACAAAGCUUUAUUUGAUGUAUGGGUUUUUAAUUUUUUUCUUUUUCUUUUUUUGUACGCAGUGAAGAAGUCACACAUCACAGCAGUUUGUUUUUGUAUCUAUCAAUCUAAUGUUGACUGCAGUUAAAUUUUGUUUACGACAGACUCGAAUGCAGCAAAGAGAAUGUGUGGUCUCUCCAUCUCAACUCACCUGGAGACCCAAGCUGCGGCUCUUUGAGCUAUUGUACGUCUGAGUCCAAGAGUCCCAUGUUGGUCACUACGUGAUAACAAUGUGCUCAUUAAUCAUAUCGGAUGACUGUUUACCUUCUGUCUGCUGUUUUUGCUUGUAGAUAGUCUGAAGACCUUCACUCCCUCUCUUCUUUUUUUCCCUCUGCCUGAGCUUCCUUUUCGAUGAUGAGAAAACUGUGGAAGCACCUGUUUGUCAUUCCUGUGCUAUACCUCAUAUAUACCACAGGGCAGAUAUAUCUGUGUGUGUGUGUGUGUGUGUGUGUCUGCAGAG